AUGGACUUUGGCUUAACGGCUCUCCACUACGCGAGUUGGAACGGCCACGUCCGCUGCGUGGAGAUAUUGUGUAUCAACGACCUGGGUCACGACGGGGCCGGACUUCAGCGGAGCUGCAUCGAUCUUCGGAGCAUCAAGGGCUGGACGCCUCUACACCUGGCGGCUUCAGAUGGUGUUAACGGGGUGAAAUGUAUUGACGCACUGUUACGAGUCGGAGCCGACCGCAGCAUCCGAGACGUGGACGGCAAGACCGCUCUGGAAGUUGCUGUUGAUGCUGGGAGAGAUGACUGCGUGCGUGCUUUGAACCUCGAGAUUGGUAACACCAAGGUGCGUCUGGCGAGGGUAAUACGCAACUUUUGCUUGUUGUGA